UGGGGGAUUUUUGUGGGUUUCGGUGACACACACGGACCGCCCGGAAUAGCUUGGGUCACGUUAAAAUCAUUGCAUAUAAAAUAAAAGUUUCGCGUGCUUGAUGAUGGGUCUCCCGGGCCUAGCGUUCUCCCGAACCGCGCGAGUUAUUCGAAUCCAGUCGCUUUGUCGUGAUGUACUUCGUUCUGUUUUUGUUUUUCCUGGGUGCUUAAUGUUGUGCGGAAAGUUGCGUUGGGUUUUUUCCUCCAUUCAGGACUGUGAUGGUGGAUGGAUGGAUGGAUGGAUGGAUAGAUAGAUAGAUAGAUAGAUGGAUGUGCGUUUUCCUCCUCACUUGCACUGGAGAUGGAAGUAAACAUUAUUUCAGUCGCUAGCCAUGCGCACUGAGGGCCUUGGGAAAGCACGAAUGAAACGAAUAACCCUUGCUAUGCCUGUGUCCUUUUAUUCGGCUUCUCUGUCGAAGCUUUCAUACAUUUUAUAUCCACAGUAACGACCGGACACGAAUUAAACGCUUCCGUUUUCUGGAAGGUUCGCGAUGUAUCCGCGACUGAAGCGAAACCGCUCGUGCGUUUGUUCUGGUUCGGAGUUGUUACAAUGUUUUUAGCACUGGAGCUACAAGCUAACCACAUCAUCAAUAGUGUGCCGGCCAACUGAACUUGCUACACCGUGUGUCCUUUGUUUAAAAAACUGACCCGGGUUUGAAUAUGAGACCUGCUGGGUUUGAAGAAACUUCUGUCAGAGGGUGAAUUAUUUUAUUAUAACUCUGAGGUCAUGUUAGUGUUGUGUAGUUUGGUGUAGUUUAUUAGUAUUAAAUUUUUUACCGAGAGGCAGAGGAACGCUGCUGGGUCAAUGAGAGGCUCAGGGCUGGAGGAAUUUUGCUGAUUUAUGGCUCUCGAUGGUUUACCUCAGUAAAUUGAUUAGGAAAAACUAUUUUUUUUUUUGUUGCUCAUUUUUCAGCAGGGACGUAUUUUUGGUUACUGUAUUCAUUUAAUAAUACGACGAUAAAUUGUCAUUUAUUCUAAUUUUUUUUUUUUUUGAAAAAGUACAUUACACAUAAAUAAAUAAAAUCAUCAUAAGUGAAGGACUGUUUCCACAUGUUUUAACUGAGAUUUCUAAAAAAAAAAAUCUCAACAACCUCCUGAAUAGUCUGUAAUAAUAAGCCUACUUUAAAGUGCACCUAUUAUGGUUCCUCAUAUAUUACCUUUCCAUGUAGUGUGUUAUAUACGUCGUGUUUGCGAAUUUAAAAAGUCUGCAAAGUUUCGCAAAUCAAAGCGCAGGACAAACGGGAGUUAUUCGGUACGUUUACGUGGACAAUUGUAUUCCGAUAUAUUAACCUGAUUAUACUCUGAUGAUACUCUGAUUAAGAAACUGGCAUGUAAACGGCGAUUAUUGAUGACCUUAAUCCGAUUAAAGUCCUACUCGAAGUAAACACAAAUGGAAUUAAGACGUGUGGAGUAUUCCUGUUUUAGUCGCAUUAUGGACGUGCGUUACAGACAUGUACACACCUUAACCACACUAUUAACGUCGUGUGGGAGUUUUCACCGGAUUUUGCGACAGGACACGUACACACACGGCAGCGCUCAAGCGUUUGACCGCGAACAAGAGAGCACGGCUGCGUCCCAAACCGCUUCAAGCAGUCGCCUAUUAGCACGUAUAGCAUGACAAAUAAUUAACCGCACUUGAAGCGUUCGUAAAAUUAAAAAUGAAACACCCAAAACUGUAUACGGUUCCAUGACGAAGACCAACUGUAUGUCGAUACGUGAAAUUCCGGAGGGAACGUCGGACGGUAUGGUGCGGUGACAUAACGAAGUGUGACGUUAAUCGAUCUAUGUUCUAUAACGUGCAAAAUGGGAACAUGAAAGGAAUCUUCUAAAAGCGACUCAUGUAAACACCUCAAUCAGAAUAUUGUCUUAUUCAGAAUAAGCUCAAUAAUAAGAUUACUGCCGUCCAUGUAAACGUAGUCAUUGACUCCCAGAAGAAGGAACCGAUUCUGAACAGCUGGAACUAUGAAGACCAGAGGCGGGGCUUUUUUUUCCCAAACCUACGUAGGUUAGUACAGGAAGUAAAGUCUGGAAUCACUAACGAUUCGUUUCAGCUGUUCAGAAUCGGUUCCUUCGUUUGGGAGUCGAUAACUUUUUAUUUGUCGUGCGCUUUGAUUUUUGAAACUUUGCAGACUUUUUACAUUCACAAACAGCUACGUAUAUAACACACUACAUGAAAGGGAAUAUUUGAAAAACCAUAACAGGUGCACUUUAAACAUUAAAAGCACAGAAAUCUUUCAGUGUUGACCCAGUGAUAUCACAUGACCUUCAGGAAAGUGUAUUAAACAUUUAUAUACCAAAUUCAACAACAGCUCAUAGACUUCCAAUAUAAGCGUGUUUCAAGGAUCCCUCCCCUCCACACACACACACUUUUACGUAGUUGAAUCUAGUGCCUCGAGAGCCAAUACACCUACAGUCAAGUCAUGGCACAGAGUGAAGAGCCCCAUCAGAUCGCCCCCUAAUAUGUUAGAUCGUGCCACAUUGUAAUGAGAUGUUCAAAAAAUUAUCAGCGAAGUAAAAGGGAGCUCCUUAGUGAUCCUGCACAUGCUGAAUGGCUUACCGGAGCGCAGUGGCCGGGAUCUCGUUCUCACCUCGCCUGAAGCAUGGAAGCAUGGCAGGAGAAGCGGGGUGUGCAUACUAUGAAUCUGCGGUCUGUGUUCACUGCUGAACAACAACGUAUCCUUGAGCGUUACUAUGAAAAUGGGAUGAUCAAUCAAAGCAAAAGCUGCUUCCAGCUCAUUCUUCAGUGUGCUCAGGAGACCAAGCUUGACUUCAGCGUGGUCCGGACGUGGGUAGGCAACAAGAGACGGAAGCUGGCUUCCAAAGCCGAUAAGAAUGGAGUGGUGGGCUUGUCUAACCAUGCCGUUGUCAGUGCUGGAGGAACUCUUGGCCCGGUAUUAAUGACAGAUAUGGCUGCUGUACGUAGUGUUCAGCGUGGGCCGUCUACAGUUCACCUCCUUUCUCGCCAAGCUUCUGGCCCUUCAUUUUCCUCAUCCUCGUCGUCCUCCUCCUCCUCCUCCUCCUCUCCGUGCACUAAUGGAUCCAAAAACAACAAUGAUGUAAUAGUGACUGGUGCCUACUCUCUCCCACACAUUGUCAACCGCUUAGAGUCUUCAUCACAGAGCAGGGCCGCUGCGAAGGUAGUACCGUUAAAUCCGAACACUGAAACAAAUCUGCAUUCUAGGCUUGCCUUGCACCCAGAUGUGGUGUCCCUCCAACGCAAAUCUCCUCAUAUCCCCAACUCCAACACCUUCAUGUUUAGUCACAUGAGAAGGAUGCCUCGAGACCUGGCAUCAGUUGCCCCCAGCUGGGUGAAGCAAUGUGGUGCCCCACAGCACCAGCAAUGGGCCCCAACUUCACCCCAACAAACAGUGACGAACCUACACCGGACGCCCCCAGCAAGUACUUCAGAAAGCGGGGUCAGGAUCCAGCAGGUGUUCACCAUCGCCGGGUUAGCGGAGGCCUCACAACGGCCUUCCAGUGAAACAAGUCAAGAUCACAGGAUAGGAAAAACACGUGUGCCUGAUUCCUCGGAAACGUUUUCGAUCGCCAUGGAAACGGGCGAUGCAGACGACGAGUAUUCGCGGGAAGAAGAGUUGGCGAACAUGGGCGCCCAGAUGCAGCUCGGCAGGUCUGCAAGUAGCAACGUUAGUGCACUGGAGCACAGUAGGAUCUCAACAGAAGAGCCUUCAACACUUAAUAGCCAGGGUAUGUACACUGUGACGGCAAGGAACCUGCUCGAGGUGGCACACACUUCCCCCAAUUCUGUGCAUUUUGGAGAAAAAGGGUGCCAAACCAACAGCGCUCUGCUGGUUGAUUCAGGCUCCAGUGGCAGUUAUCCAAUAAGACACUUCUCAGAGUCCUCUCCAUCAAGAAUGCCCAAUCUCAAGGUAAGUAUCAUGUCAUCUCCCUGGCUUCUUAGCAACUCCCGUAAAAGAACACUCCAGGACAGGACCCAGUUUAGUGACGACGAUCUGUACACACUAAAGAGGUACUGGGACAACGGCAUGACCAGUCUGGGCUCUGUGUGCAGAGAGAAGAUUGCAGCAGCUGCCACUAAUCUCAGCGUGGACAGUGAAAUUAUUAAGACAUGGAUCGGUAAUCGUAGGAGGAAGUAUCGACUGAUGGGCAUUGAUAUUCCACCUCCCAAAGGUGGGCCAGCGACCUUUCCUAAAGUAUCCAGUGCAGAGCUCCAGUCACCUUUGACCCCUGAGGGAGACAAGCCCAAGUCUGUUGAGCCAGCACUGGACAGCGAGCAGAAUGAUGCACUGUCGCUUUGUUUAUCCGAAGAUGGAGUGAGUGACUCUUAUCUGAGGGAGAACGAGGAUGGAAAUGAUGGACUGAAUAGUUCUACUGUUGCUGAAAAUGUGAAGAUUGAAAUAAUUGAUGAAGGUGAUGAUGACGAAGAUGACAGUGAUGUGAUGGCCACUGAUAUGGAACACAUGCAUAAUCUUUUAGAGUACAAACACGAGGAAGUCCAGUACCUUGAGAGUGAGCUCGAGAGACAAAAACAGAAGUACCUUGAGCUGAGGACCUUCACUAAAAGCCUACUCUCAGCGUUGAAGAGCAGCGACACUGAAAAACAGCAUGAGCUUUUAGCCAGCCUACCUCACCAAGUGGAAGAAGACUUUGUGUUGAGUCCAGAAAGGAAUGCUGAGUCUAGCAUGGAGAUGAACUCCAGUCAGAAGGAUUCCUCUGUAUCAGAGGGGGAGGGGGACGCCGAGCCCAUGGGACAGUAGUCCAUCCUCUCCUGUAUAUACACACACACACACUCACUACCUGUACACCGUGCCUGUGUAACAAGAACUAACAGACCCACUGCAGCCUUUUUUUUUUGCUGCGUAUCAGAUUGGAUAAAUCCAGUCCUUCAUCAAUAAACUUCUUCUCUAAAUUGAGUUUCCUCCCUGUCUUUCCUUUUGCAGGAGAAUUAUAGAGCGCGGUAUCUCAUGCCCAUGUUUUUUUUUCUUUGCGUGAUGUUUUAUUUAAACUGCUGUCCAUUUGAUGUGUUGAUAAUCAGACAUUCAGUGUUUAAGUUAUAAAAUGUAGCAGUGAUCUUUUACAUAAUAUAUAUUGAUGGUGUACCUGAGCGUCAUCUUUAUUUGACUCGCUUGGAUGUACUCAAUUGCGUCAAAUCUUUAUAGAUGAACAAUAUUUUGAUUAUGCAGGGUGCGACAUGGUUUCUGUUACAGUAUUUUAGAAUCGAUACUCAACAGUGCUUCCUGAGCCCUUGAUCCAUGUUUUUUCAGUAAGUAUCCAUUAUUAGUACGUUUACAUUUUCAGCAUUUGGAAGCUGGUUGUAUCCAGAAUGACGUAAAGAAGUGCUUUGUAAUGUCCAUCAAGAAAUACAAAUACCAGUUGUACCUUAAAAUAAAGCUUAAAAACCCUGUUAAAGAAGAGUUCGUGUCAAGUGUGAAAACAGUACCGAGUUUCCUGGUGUCUUGAGGAACGUCGAGACAUGCUUGUGGCUUAAAGGGGAACAUGGUACAGUGCAGGGUUUUAGACGGAUGGUUUUGUAGGCACGCAUCAGAAUUUCUAAAUCUGAUGUUGGAGAACUUGUGGGAGAUUAAACAAGGUGUGCAGCUGUAUUCCGGAUCAGAUGCAGGGGUUUCAUGACAUGCAGGGGAAGACCUGUCCGGAAUGAGUUACAAUAGUCCACUCUUGAGAUGACGACGGACUGAACAAGCAAUUGAGUAGGCUCUAUGGAGAUUCUCCUGGUGUUGUAAAGGAGAUACAUGACCAGGUUCGGUUAGCAGAGAAAAUGCUAGCUAGUUGUCAUAAACUGCACUAAAGAUGGUGUGAUUAAGAGAGAUGGCCAGAUUUGAUGAGGGGUGCAUGUGAAAAUGGAGAGACUGUUAAAAAAAAAAGGUUGUUAUUCCUAAAUGGUUGAUGAAAUAUUUUUAUUAAAGCUGUUUUAAAGUCUACACUUCGAACACAUCUUGAUUGCAAAUCCACGAUGGUGGUGUAUAGAAGCAAAAUGAGGAAAAAUUGAGUCACUGUCCAAAUACUUAUGGACCCACCUGUAAAUAUGAAUAAUAACUAUCCAGCCAACAGUGUCCUGUGGUCAACAACUGACCGUGUUAAGGGGUUUAGAGGAAGGUUAACAUACAAGGUUAUGGAAACAGAUGAGCUGUAUUAUAUAACUGGCUUUAUCCAGAACUCAGGUUACCGUCUGUGUGGCGUUUCACAUGUU